AUGACUAAUUGGACAAACGUGUCCAGCUGCCCGUUCAUCAUCACUUUAUGCGCGGAGGACAUUAUGGAUAGUAAUGCACCUGCUGAUGACAUUGAGUACCCGGUCCAUCUCUUCCCAGUCCCUAUCCUGACUGGCAUCACAGUGACGUGCUCUUUCCUGUUCCUCGUCGGAAUCGCUGGGAACCUGUUGACCAUCCUGGUGGUCACUAAAUACAAAGACAUGCGAACCACCACCAACCUUUACCUCUGCAGCAUGGCACUUUCAGACCUGAUCAUUUUCCUCUGCAUGCCCCUCGACCUGUACCGGGUCUGGCGGUACCGACCGUGGAACUUUGGCGACGAGCUCUGCAAACUCUUUCAGUUCGUGAGCGAAAGCUGCACGUACUCCACCAUCCUCAACAUCACCGCCCUCAGCGUGGAGAGAUACUUCGCUAUCUGUUUUCCCUUCAGGGCAAAAGUCAUCGUUACGCGGGGUCGGGUGAAAGGGGUGAUUUUCCUCCUCUGGACUGUGGCUCUGUGCAGCGCGGCACCCAUAUUCAUUCUGGUUGGGGUCGAGCACGAGAACGGCACCAACCGCUGGGAGACCAAUGAGUGUAAAGCGACCGAAUAUGCCAUCCGCUCCGGACUGCUUACUAUGAUGGUGUGGGUCUCCAGCGUGUUCUUCUUCCUCCCGGUCCUCUGUCUGACAGUGUUAUACAGCCUCAUAGGCAGAAGACUGCGGAGAAGAAAGGAGAAUCCUGUCGGACCCAUUUCGAGUCGGGAAAAGAACAAUAAACAAACGGUCAAAAUGCUGGCUGUGGUGGUUCUAGCGUUUGUUCUCUGCUGGCUGCCGUUCCACGUCGGCCGUUAUCUUUUCUCCAAGUCAUCCGAGGCCAAUUCUCCUCUCAUCUCCCAAAUCAGCGAAUACUGCAACCUGGUGUCAUUCGUGCUGUUUUACCUCAGCGCCGCGAUCAACCCCAUCCUCUACAACCUCAUGUCAAAGAAGUACAGGAGCGCGGCCUGCAAACUGUUCGGAGUGAAGCGUGCUCCUGGACGAUCGAUGCAGAGCUUCGUGAAGGCGGAAAGUGUUUCGGUUUGGAAUGAAUACAGCUGGAGCACGUGA